AUGCCACUACCACAAGGAACCACCCACAUUAACACACCACAACAACUCUCGACACGGUCAACGCACCACAACCACCCAUCCAUCUACCAACAAACCAUCCCACAUCAAAGACCAACCACAAUCACCCCCAUACCACUACCCAAACCACCACACUUAACCACCACAACCACCAGGGGGUCCACUUCAUGCGCCACCACACCACCAUCCCACCACAAACCAACCUCCACUCAACCACCACAAACCACCAUCCACUACCACAACGCACCCAACUCAACCACCGCAAAAUCACCCAUCCACUCCACAACACCCACGACUUAA